UUCCGUCUGCGUCGGCCGAACUCUUCCGCGUCGCCAAACCUGCAUUUAUCUCCUCGGUGGCAUCCCGGGCCUCACUUUUUUCUGUUACCAUGUGCUCGACGCUGAGAUCCGCCCACUCCUUUGUCUCUGCGUUAGGCAUGCCAACCUCCUCCCGCCCUCUUUCCCGCAUUCACUCGAGCACCUUCCUUGCCCCUGUUCGGCUCCCAUCCCAUUCCAUGCCUGCCCCGCCGACUCAUCCCCACUCCCCUCCAUUUAUCCCUCCAUCCGUCCUCCCAACUCAGGGCUACUGUCGUUUCCAGGUCGUUGUCGAUGGCGGUCCAUCGGAUUCCUAGCCUCCGGAUCCUUUUCUACCUGUGCUUCCCUCUCUUUGUCUCCUUCCGCUUCUUCCGAUGUUUCACCUACCCACCGGAGAGCGCCAACCCCUCGACCCCUUCCACUUCCCAGGCCGCGCCGACUGCUGAGCGGACUACUAAGAAGCUGCGGAAGCCAUACACUAUCACCAAGUCCAGGGACAGGUGGACGGCCGAAGAGCACGAGAGGUUUCUCGAUGCUCUCUUCCUGUUUGGUCGUGAUUGGAAGAAAAUUGAAGAUUUUGUUGGCACAAAAACUACAAUUCAGAUUCGCAGUCAUGCACAGAAGUAUUUCCUUAAGGUACAGAAGAUUGGGUUAGCUGCCCAUGUGCCACCUCCACAUCCUAAACGCAAAAUGCCUCAUUCAAACCAACGGAACACCCCCUACAAUGAUAUAGUACCAUUGCAAUCAUCCGUUGCUUGCCCUUCUUCAUCUUCUCAUAUUCUAUCUGCACGCACUCUCUGGGACAAUACCUCCCACAAUAUAAAUUACUCAUCCAAUGAAGCAAACUCCUUACCUGCUUGCUAUACCCUUCGCCCUGAUACUGAAGGUGUCAAUGGACUACUAAGCAAAACUAGCAUCUAUAACCAAAAUACUAAUUGGAGUGGAAAUUUAAGUGGAUGUUGGCUAACUGAGAGUGCAACAAUGCAAAGAGACCCACAUUCUUCACAAUCAGUUGUACCAGAUUUUGCACAAGUGUAUAGUUUCAUUGGAAGUAUGUUUGAUCCAGAUGUUAUAUGGAGCGUGGAACUAUUUUUAGAAAAGAUACAAGAUAUGGAUCCAAUGACUGCCAAAAUUAUUGUGAUGUUAAUGAGGAAUGUUGCUGUAAACCUAUCCAAUCCUGGUCAUGAGUCUCUUCUAGGUUGGUUGGGCAACACCGACGAUGUGAAUGCAAAGUGACAGUGGCUGGCAGACCUGUCUCUUUUGCAAAAUCAAACAUAUAAGCCUCCUAUCAUCUCAAUAAGUUGCUGAUACAUAUAUCAUUUCUUCCUCUACUCUAUUUUGUCAUCGCUGUAAUGUUCUUCCUUGUGAACAGAGGAGAUGACAUGGAACGUGUAAAAGGGCCACCGGUAUUAACAAGAUGCUUAAGGCAUGGACUUUAUUAUGGUGCCCAAACCCACUUCAUGUUUGAUGAAGAAAGACUACAUUUGCAUGUGAUUAGAUGAUCUAUUCAACUGUAAUAUUGUGACAAUUGUUGCCUUGGCGUUGGAUAACUUAGCUAUUUUCUGUUUGUUUUUGUUGAAGAAGAAACCAUAUUGGAGAACUUGUGCUUAUGGGUGUAGCAUUUUGUCAGUGAACUGAUCUUAACAUGGAA